UUUGGAACUGUGCAUCUGAAGGGAAUAGGACUAUCCAGGGUACCUGAUGCAGUCGUUGAACUGAGUGAAUUGCAGGAACUUAGGCUUGAUGAGAAUAAUCUGACUGAGGUGCCAACAAGUCUUAACAAGCUGAACAUGCUUCGAUCGCUGCACUUGGAUGGAAACAAUCUUACUGAAUUACCUGCUGAGAUUGGUGACCUAAAGGAGCUGAGAGAGCUGAGCGUGAGGUACAACCAGUUGGUUGGUUUACCUACCAGUAUUCAAAAGCUGAACAGGCUUGAAAACCUGACCUUGGAUGGAAACAAUCUUACUGAAUUACCUGCUGAGAUUGGUGACCUAAAGAAGCUGGUGAGGCUGAGUGUGAGUAACAACCAGUUGGUUGGUUUACCUACCAGUAUUCAAAAGCUGAACGGGCUUAAAAGGCUGUACUUGGAUAAAAACAAUCUUACUGAAUUACCUGCUGAGAUUGGUGACCUAAAGGAGCUGAGAGAGCUGAGUGUGAGGAACAACCAGUUGGUUGGUUUACCUACCAGUAUUCAAAAGCUGAACAGGCUUGAAAACCUGACCUUGGAUGGAAACAAUCUUACUGAAUUACCUGCUGAGAUUGGUGACCUAAAGGAGCUGAGAGAGCUGAGUGUGAGUAACAACCAGUUGGUUGGUUUACCUACCAGUAUUCAAAAGCUGAACAGGCUUGAAAACCUGACCUUGGAUGGAAACAAUCUUACUGAAUUACCUGCUGAGAUUGGUGACCUAAAGGAGCUGUGGGAGCUGAGUGUGAGUAACAACCAGUUGGUUGGUUUACCUACCAGUAUUCAAAAGCUGAACAGGCUUAAAAGGCUGACCUUGGAUGGAAACAAUCUUACUGAAUUACCUGCUUAGAUUGGUGACCUAAAGGAGCUGUGGGAGCUGCGUGUGAGUAACAACCAGUUGGUUGGUUUACCUACCAGUAUUCAAAAGCUGAGCAGGCUUCUAUAUCUGUACUUGGAUGGAAACAAUCUUACUGAAUUACCUGCUGGGAUUGGUGACCUAAAGGAGCUGCUGCGGCUGUGUGUGUGUGGUAACCCUUUAACUGUUGAUGCUAUAAAGUUUGCUCUAAAGUUGGAGAAAAGACGACUGUACACUGAUAUUGCAGGUGAGGACAAAUAAAGGCUAAGUUAAAUUGAACCCUUAUUACAGUAAUAACAAAUGAACUGCUAAAAAUCUUCGUGACAAACAUAAAUCCAGAUUGUAACAUCUAAAUAACGACAGGAGACCCAAGGAACCACAGGAAACCCAACGCGGGGUGUGUGCUGCUCGACUUAGGGCUCGCAGCAAUUGUAGCGAUCACAGACAGUACACGCGUCGUCCAGUUUAGUUAGAUGUAGUAUGGAGUUUCAACUCAAACAAGUAUUUUCCCUAUGGAAAAAGACCACAGAAUCUUUUUUUGUUUUUUGAAAACUUUACUUUGACCACAAGAAGUGAUAUUUUAUUUUAUCUAUUUAAUCUUGAAAAAUGUUUGAUUCACGCGGCAUUUUGACUGACUGCUGUGAUCUAAGAUCGAAAACAAGGAAUAUCAGUAAGUUCGCACCCUUGUGAAUUAGGCCCAUACAAGUUCGCCCCCUACUUUCUGAGUUCAACACGCAUUGGUAUACUCCAAAUUCAAGUUAAAUCACCCACUUACAGCAGACAUUUAUUUCAAUCAUACCUGUGAAUUGGAUUGGGUUAUUGGACAGAAGGUAAUGGUAGGUCGAUGGCAAUUGGUGUCUCGAAAUCUAGGACCUAAAAGACCUUGAAAAAAACCUCUAUGAAAACAGAAUCUCCUUACAAGUUGCUUAAUCAAAGAGUAAAGUAAAAUACCAGUAGAGUCAAACUCACUGGCUUGAAAAAACAUGUUAAGUGGCACGGGACAAGGAAUAAUUAUUGAGUCGCCGUCAUGACAUGAAUGAAAAUUCAAUGAAACAUUUACAACUGCAAGUUGCCGCCAAGUUGAGAUUGAUUUGUUGAAAGCUAACGAAUAUAUAACUUCGCAAAGUCGCUAAAUUUUACAGACGUAAAACACUUUGUCUCACUAACUGUUGGUUUCCUUUAAUUUCCUUCAAUUUUGAAAUUUCGAUCUUGAAUAAAGUAGUUUGCCAGGUCUGAUAGUUCUGUGAUUUUCAUGAAAAGGCCCUUUGAGAGAAUUCACCUUUCACCGUAACGAAGAAACAAUCAAUUUAAUUCCUGCUGACAAAAAUAAACGUACGCCUGCAGUCAAUUGAAAGCUAGUAACUUUCAUACGUACACUAUUCUAUAAUUUUAUUUAUUUCUACAUUUUUUGCAUAUACGUACCUUUUUUGUAAUUAAUUUUAAAGUGCCUAUGUAAUUAAAGUAAUUUGUUUUAUUUUUAAUAUUUUAUAAGUUAUUUGUUUUUAUCGUGCAUUUUAUUAUAUGUAAUCUACAUAGAAACAUUGAUGUACACUAAAAUAUUGACUUUCAGAUAAGUUGCAGGUACCCACAAUAGCUACAAAAGGGUGCCAUUUCACAUUGGCGCCUGUGAUGUAGAUCGUCGGACGGUGCGACGGGUAGACGUACCAUCACGUGACUACCAAGUAAUUUUCUGUAUGUAGCAGCUCUCCUAACCCUAAAAGCCAAUUGGUUCGAUACCCUAACUGUGAAAUAAUGGGAAAUAAUGAUAAACAAUGAUGUGGUUUUGUUUUCGGCGACCAAUGAGGAAACACCUCACGAACAACUCCUACAUUUACCCACUGUUAAUAGUUUUAAUAUUGAAAAUCAGACAAUUAAGAAGAAAAAAGCAAGCAUUAAAAAUCUUGAGACAAAAGUAUUUGUUCUCAUUGAAAACUAAAACAUUCAAACCAAAAGAUAACUGGCAGUUAAUAAUAAAUUUUUUUGAAAACCUCGAAUCAAAAUUAAACUGCACAAAGUUAGCUGCUUUAUGCUGCUUAUACUAAAGGCGACAAAUUACAUAUAAAUAAAACAAGAAAAAGCGAAGCAGCAUUUGUUAAUGCCCAUCCAUAUAAAUCAUAUGUUUAAUGUAAAUGAAAUCAUGCAAAUUGAUAAAACAAAACGUAAACUACAUAAAUUUGGAAGAAGGAGAAAUCUAACACCAGAAAGCUCAGAAAAAAUUCCGAUCUCCAGCCUAGAAUCGAACUCACGACCCUUCGAAGGUAACGAUAACAGUUAAAAAGUAACUUUCAAUUCACUUACCUUCUAUGGUAAGAUUUCUUUAAUUAUGUUCUUGAUUGUUAGCAUUAAUCUGAGUAGCAGCUGCUAGUAGUCGGUAAACACUGAAUCAUUUUAACAACAUUACUGUGGGUAAAAAGACCAUCAAGACUAAACUAGUAUAUUGCAGUGCGGACACUCAAACCGGGACACUUGGAAGAAAAUUGUCCAAUCACAACGUUUUCUCAAAAUAAAAGAUUCUCAAGUGUUUUUGCAGACAGACCAAUAAAAUUCAAGUAUUCAACUAUGCAACCGUUGAAAUUUUUAAAACCGUUUGAACUUACCUGAACUCUUAGGAAACAGCCCUCAGAUUGAUGGAUGUUGUUGCACGGCCCGUUUGCAAAAAAAAUCGAGAAUCUUGUUUUCAGAAAACGUUGUGAUUGGACAAUCUUCUUCCAAGUGUCCCGGUUUGAGUGUCGGCACUGUAAGUUUGAACAAAGCAUACAGAUUUGCAGUUGUAUUUGCCCAUGAAGGGAUUAGUGAGUUGUGCAGGUUACCGGUUGGUUCUAAUAGACAAAGACUGACGUGACAUUAAAACAACACGUUUACGAGGGUCAUGUCUGACACAUGAUUUUGAAAUUUUGUAUUCGUUGUAGCUCCCAAAGAAAUAGAAGCGCGAGGAGAAAGAGCGCAGCUUUGUUAUCAACGUGCUCUUAGAGAUGGAGCUGUUAGUGUUCAGCGUUCUCGGAUAUUGCUUAUUGGUCAGGACAGGGCAGGAAAAACAAGCUUGAAAAAAUCUCUGAUUGGUCUGCCAUUUAAUCGUAACGAAAAUAGUACUGAAGGAAUUGAAGUGGAUCAGUCAAUCUUUCAAGUGCAUACCGACGAAGUUAAGAACUGGAAACCCAUUGAUAAGACUGAACGAGGGUUGUUGGGUUGUUCUAACGAGGCCGUGGCACAGAUGGUGGCUGGAAAGCUUUGUUUUAAGAAGGAGAAAGAAGAUCCACAAAUACACGACAGUGACCAGCUUAAAAAUGAAAAUUACAGGACUGGGACAAAGGCGGAUGAUGUUGAUGGUGAAAAGAGAGACGAUUCAUUUGUGAUCCAGGUUUGUUUCCAGUUAAAUCUUGGCUUUUGUAUUGUACUUUAAUGAAGUAUUGCUUAUAGCAGAAAUAGGUGGCCCGCUUACCCUCACGAAACUGGGUUUAAAAUAGCACCACUCAAAUAAGCGCCCGGGGCGUGUAUUUAAUUUUAGGAGUCCAAGCGGGGGCGUAGAAAGGCUCCUGGGCCGGGUUGUUCAAUGCUGGGUUAAGAUAACCCGGGGUUAGUGCAAAAUUUGAAUUAAAAUAUAUGAAAGCUUAUAAAGUAAAUUCAGUUCAAUUCUUUUUGUCAACAAGUUGAUGAUUCGAUGCUCCAUGAAUAUCAGAGAAAAUUGUCCGAGAAAAUGCUUUUAAGCAAAAGAAAAAGAAACCGGGGUCAAAUUUGACCCUGGGUUAAGCGCUAAUCGGCCUUUGAACAUCUGGGCCCAGGCUUUUAAAAGAAAGACGCGUUUAUUUUCAUAACUGUAACAAGCUCAACAAAAGUUAUAUGCUUUCGGCAAAAAUAUCAAGAGAGUUUAAAAACAGCCGAAUAAGACGUCUAGAGAUCGUUAUCGCUCAAAUCCCAACAUCGAUGUCAGAAUCCUCGCUCAGGGUUGAACUUGACACUGAACAAGAUGAAAUACACAAAGCCUUGUUUAUUAUAAAAGCAAGAAUCUGAAUGGAUUGAAUGAUUUUGAUCCCUUUUUCUUAAUCGUAGUAUUUUGAAGUAUUUCUCAUAGGGGUGGGGGGGGGUCUAUUAGACAAGGGGCGUUUAUUAGGGAGGAGCAUCUAAAUCAAUUUUAUCAGCGUAGAGGGGGCGUUUAUUAUAUAAGAAGCGUUUAUUUGGAAGUGGGCAUCUAUGAGGUCAUUUACGGUAGCCAACUUGUCUCUGCAAUAAAUUCUAGCUAAUUCUGCCUCGCUGUGCGGUCCACGCGCGAUGCGAAUGUGGAAAAAAAAAAUUAACCUUCGCGAGGAAGGAGUCAUGAUAUUAAAUAACAAGAAAAUGUUAUUGUUACUCAAAGUCAACGUUUAAAAAUUAUACUAGUACAAGAGCCGAUUACUGCCUAGUAGUAAUCUCAGAUUAAGAAGUGCGUUCGAGCUUUUGUAGGUUUACUGUCAAAUGUAACGUUAUUUCCUAAUAAAUUGAUGCUGCAAAACGCUGGUUUUUUAAAAAAGAAACAAAACAAAAGAAAACGACUACGAAAAAAAGGAUAAAAAGUCUCACACGACUAGAGUCGAGCCCGAGACCUUCGACGUAAGGGCAUCGCAUUAUCCAUUGCGCCACGCAACCAAAUGUCAAAUUAACUGUAUUUAACAUUUUUGUGCCCACGAGAUAAACUAUUCAAGAUGGCGCAGAAAAUGCAGGCGUACGACGAAAUGAGUAACCACAAAAGGUCACCCUUGAGUAGCACAGGAUCCCCAACUGGGUACCACAGUGAUCCCGAGAUUAUGCUUUGCGUUCUCCUAACGUCGAACGCAAUUGUUUGCAACAUUUAUUUAAGGUCCCUUUAGAUUCUAGUUCCAGAACAGUAACAAAUCGCGAGUCAGUUCUAAAGGAGAGUCCGAGUACAAACACGAACAAAUUCACAUGAUUUAAACUCGUAUUAAUUGUUACGACGUAAUGCAACUCUAAAUGUCAACAUCCCGUUAACACAAAUCGGAAUUUAUUUGAAACCCCAUAUUUAUUAUGUCAUUGUUUUUUUUUACACGAAUGGAGUUUCCGUUCACAUGAAAAUAUGAAAUCAAUAAAUCCGUUCACCGAAACCGCAUCUUUUUGAAACUGCUUUCCCCAAUGUUUGUUUGCAGUGCAUCAUGGGAAUAGCUUAGUUUAUAACUUUACCGAGGUUUCUAUCGAACAAACAAUGACGCAAAACAUUUUUUAUAUAUAUUUUGUAUGCAUAUUUUUGUCCUCACCAAGCAACAAACCGGUUUGUUUUAAAUAAAUGUGUGUAGGUUUGAAUCUGUUUGGUUGAUGCCCAUCUACCCAGUGAUAAUGUCUUGAUGUUUGAGCUGAUCCAUCCGUUUUUUGGAAUGAUAAUAUCGAAUGAAUACUUUUAAGUCUUAUCAUGUUUCGUUAAAAUUCCUUUUCCUGUUAUAGGUCCCUGAUCCAAAAAUAGAUAGUGUCAGUGGACUGCCAUCAUCAGAGCCUGGACAUGAGUUAAUGAUUGAUACUACUUCACCCCAGACGAGAUCACAAAACACACUGAGGAGUGGAUAAAGUAUUUAAAAGGUGAAGGUGAGGGUGUUACCGAAAAAUCUGUUAGCAGCUUUGAACUGUGGGAUUUUGCUGGACAACAGCUGUACUAUGCAUCUCAUCCUGUAUUUUUAACAUCACGUGCAAUAUAUAUCUUGGUAUGCAACCUCAGCAAGUCAUUGCACGACACUGCUCAACCAUGUGUGAGACAAGGAAAACAUAAUUUCACAUUGGACAACCCAAAUAAGGAAACAAACUUGGAGAAUCUGCUAUCUUGGCUGUCCACAGUGCAUAGCAUCACACAGAUGAGAAGACAAACUCGUGACGAUGCAGAAGGAAAGCUGCUUUAUCUGCGUCCCCCUGUGAUCAUUGUAGGCACCCAUGCAGACAAACCGUUUGAAGACAUUGCAAUAAUGAAGAGAAAAAUACAGAAGGCAAUCGCUGGUAAGGACUAUGAAGGACAUGUAGUGCGGCCUAUCUUCUCCAUUGACAACACUGCAAAAUUAAUUCAGAGAAGGUUGGAAAAGGUUUUCAGAAAAGAUAAAAACAUCGAUGGCAUCCAAGAGCUAAGAGACAAAAUCAUGGAAGUGUUAAAGCGGGAGCCAUACAUGAAGGAAAGGAUACCUGCGAGGUAAAUAACGUGAAUAAUAGAACACAGAUGUCUUUUUGCCGAGAAUUUUCAUGUUAAUUAAGUGUUCAGUUGAGGUUUGGCAGCAUUAAAACUACAGUGGACAUAUGUACAUAUACACUGUGGGCCUCAACUUUGUCCAGUCCAUAUAGCAUUUUGCUUGCGUAUCCAAAGAGGUUUAUGUUUUACCAGUAAAUAGUUGGCUACGUAGGGAUGUAAAAUCCUUGUAUAAGAUACCUAGAGGCUGCCGGCACAUCGUAAUUCCUUCACUUAGGUUGAAGGGCAGUCUAAAGACUUUGUCAGUAAUAGGAAAAAAUAAACACGUAAGACAAGCGAAAGAAUCGCAGUAAGAUUACGUGCGUCUCUCAAAAACGUCUCUCCUUAAGCUUUUUAAUUGAUAUGUAGGCCUUCUCUUUAUUCUAAUGCACUGGUUUACCCAAGAACAAAGGCAAAUAAAAUUUAAAACAAGGAUAAUUAUGGACCAUAGAGUUUUUCCGGAACAUUUAAUAGGGUCUAUUUAAUAGAGUUGUUUUUCUGGAAUACCGUAAAAGUGGGCAAAGUGAUCGGGGUAAUAAGCACCCUUUGACGCUCAAUACUUUUUUGGGGGGCUGGGGGAGAGUCGGGGGGGGGGAAGGGGGGUGGGGGUCUUUACUAUGGUGGAGCCAUAAACGUGAUAUGAAAACAUUUUAGGUCAUUUUAUUUCCAACCGAAAGGAGGGAAAGUCGCUAAAAAAAUAACAAAAAUCGUCAAGUUUCUCCUUGCUGUUAUAUGGGGGAGUUCUUUUAUAAAACGUGGUGUCAGUUAUUUUCCGCGGUUCCGUUUUGAUCCCUUUUAACCUUUUUUAAUGAUGUAAUGGAAACAAGGAACCUCUUGUUCUCCUCCUUGAGCCCGUACACCCUCAGACCAUUCAGGGAUACAGAUUGUAAUCCGCUUCAUUUAAUUUUAUAGCAGAAGUCGAUCUCUGUUGAGCUACAGGUCUCUCCGCUACAGGCACAUGUCCCACUCCAUUAGCAUCUCCUCUACAACCGUUCGUCUUUUUUUCAUAUAAAUCACAAUUGUUUGAAGUGAAUAAUAGUUGGAAGGUUAAGAAAUGCAGCUGCAGACUUCAUGUAUUUUUGCAUUUGACUGUUAGUUAUGAUCAUCCUCGACACGUCAACGGUCACAAACCGUUCUUUUUUUUUUCGAGGGGAGGUUGGGGUGAAGUGGGCUUGCUCUUUCUGGGAUUCCUUAGCUUCAAUUAUUUUUUUGACGGUACUUUUGGGGCUUUUUAGUUUACAUUCGGGGUCCAUUACUUUUGGAAAAUUUGCGGUAGGUGGCCGCAAUAAAUUCAUUAAGCCCUUAAAUACCUAAUGGUUGCCACUUAAGAAAGGACUGGUAGAAUUUAGUUAGCUUCUGUGGUUAUGUUUACCUUCCUGUUUUAGACUGCGUGCAAACUUCUGCAAAUGAAUGGCUUCAAGUGCGCUGCCCGAUGACACGAAUACUUUCAUUAAUCUUUUUAUAAUCUAGGUGGCUAAUCUUUGAGAAGGUCCUCAAUGCUUUGCUUUCCAAGAAAGUUUACCAUUUGAACUUGAGGGAACUUCAAACCUAUGUAAGGGACAACUGCUUUAUAAAUGACGAGGAAGAGUUCACUACCAUGGUGGAUUUCUACCAUGACCUGGGGAUAAUUAUCAAGCAUUGCAGCACAGUCAUUGUGAGCGCUGAGUGGUUAAUAGACCUAUUCAAGCAGCUGAUAACCAUUCCACCAUUUGAUGAAACGGUAAGGUCCGAAAUACGUUCGGUAAGUGUUUUCAAACUAUUGCAGCAGCUUUCUCUUCUAGCACUUUUUAUUUAUUUAUUUGACACACAGUAGUAAAAAUACAACAACAAAAAUGGAAGAUAAGUAGCAAAAGGGACGUGGCGAGGAGGAGACCUAUUCGAGAUUACGCCUCCUCGAACUGCUGGCUUUAGUUGCUUACAUCAAUUCAAGCAAAAGAUGGCGUACAGUCUAAAGUUCAAAAAUUAAUGUAACCUUUACAAUGUUCUUAAAGGAAGAAAGGGAUCGAGAGUUAAUAACUUCGUUGUCAAGACAACUAAAAAACCUUGGGAUCUUAAAAAAAGGAAAUUUCUUAGUGUUUAGUGUUCGAGUCUGUCUAGAAUUUCUAGUAUUGUUACAACAUUGGUAUUGAUAUUGUUUUAAGAAAAACUGUUAUGUAACAUGAUUAUAUUGGUAACGAUGGCCAUUUAAUUCAGUAUAUUGCAUUCAACUUGCAAAACAACUUUUUAUUCAGUCCAGUGCUAAACCACGAAUACAGCGGAUUUUCGAGUUUAUCAAAAAUAAUGGCGUAAUCUACGGCGUCAACUGCUUUUGAGAGGUCAAGAAAAAUACAGACAUCACCUGAAAAACCUUUUAAUCUCUCUACAUUUUAUUACUCAGGAACCCAAGGUUUCCAACCUCUGGCAGGAAGUUAAAGAUAGUGGUGUCCUCAGCAUGGAACUGCUUCAUCAUGUGUUUUCUAAGUUUCUUCUGAAGGGCGCUGCAAAGGAUGACAUUCUGGACCUGAUGGAACAAUUUGGCUUGAUUGCAAAGUUUUCACCUUCUAAAACUGAUGAAAAGUAUUUUGUGCCAUGCCAGCUCAGAAUGCCACCUAAUCCCAUUUGUGCCAUGGUACCCUCAAGCUCAGACCCUUGUCCUCUUUAUGUUUACUUUGUUACUGGUUCUGUCCCCCAUGGCUUGUUCACACGGCUUGUUUCUCGCCUUGUCAGGUGGUGUUCUAAGGCUGGUCCAGCUCAGCCCCCUACCCUAUAUCAAAAUGGAGCAUGGUUCGUCAUUGGGAGAAAAAUUAUCUGUGAUUUAGUUCUUAUUUGUAAGAAGCAGUUCAUAAAGUUUUUCGUCAAGCAAAAAUCCCAACGUCAGAAGAUUUCAGUGGAGGACACAAGUGAGGUAGCGGUGCAGGUGCGCGAGUUUGUGGAGGCAACUCUACGAACGUUCUCACAUGAUCUUCUGUAUUUGCGUGGAGUGCAGUACGAGAUGCGGGUGGCCUGCCCAUACUGUCAGCUGGAAAUGUGCUCAGGCCAUAAUCAGAUGGGUUGUACUCAUGACGACUGUCUUCACCUCCUGGAGUUAAAACAAGGUAACCCACUGAUUUGCAAAAAGAAACCUUCAGAGGAGUUACUUACAGUUAGAGGACAGGAAAAAUGGUUCUCACAGGUGCCAAGUGAGGUAGGUGGUAAUGAAAUUCAGUCUCUAGUAAAUAAUGCUGUUAGGUUAGCGCUUCAUUUUUAUAAACUAAAAGAGAAUCAUACUAUAGGAGAAGUUAGAUACCCUCAAGUAUUAUUUUAUUAAAUGUGUAGUCGUCUAUCAAUUUUUUAAGUUCCAACAUAAUCUUUUCAUGCAAGUUAUUAGAUUACAGGAUGAUGUAUAAUGUAUACCUCUUAUGUGGCCUAGAGGAAAUGACUGGAAGAAAUAAAGUAAAAUUAAGUGAGUUCAUAAGUUCAAUUGGUUAGGGGUAUCCAACGUCAAUUUUCGGAAAAUGGCUGUUCGGAACUAUAUUCUCGUUGGGUGCCCCUGAUUGGUACCAUAUAAGGACUCUAAUGCUGAUACCUGAAGCUCUUAACAUUUGGCUCUGACGAAUAAUAAUAAUAAUUAUCGAUGAUCCUCUCCUCUUGUGGGACUUUUCAGGGAUAAUGAAACAAAUAAUUUAAAUAAAACAUAACAUUGUUAAAAAUCCCAACUGGUUGGAGGCAAACCAGUUGGCUAUUUACAAGCGUGACCGAGGAUUUGAACUCGGGACUACUAAGAACAAAUCCAGCAAGCGGUCAGGGCGGGACUUAAACUAGGGGCCUCCGAAUUACAUUCAACUCCCUUUAUAGCGGACACUGUAGGGGCCUCGAAUUCGUGUCCUGAUUAGCGAGAGACCAUAAUAGCGGGAGUUUAUUUCAGUCAAACGUCUGUAAUAUUUUUUGCCUGGGAUUAAGCUACUAUCCGUGUUAUCGGGGUGUCAGUUAUAGCGGGGUGUUCGUAAGGCGAGAGUUGACUGUACAAGUCCAGCGCCCUAACCGGUCGAUCACGUUGCCUCCUUAAAAAUGGUUAGGUUUCAAACAUCAGCCUUUGAAUCUCGCCACAGAUAGAAAUUGGCCUCAUCGACCUUCUUCUUCAAUGAAUUUGUGUAUCGUACAGUGCCUGUAGUACUCUUAAUCUUGUGCGUGCAUUGCUUUGCUGUCGAAACUUCGCAUCAUCUUUGUCAUAUGCAGCAAAAAACUUUCACAUUUCACAUGACUUAUGUAAUGGUUCUUUUUCAAGACACAAUUAUUGGCCUGCUGGCAUAGGGGUUGGUAUUUUUGACUUCGUUUAAUCUUAGGUCGCGUUUUCUUCUUAACAUGCUUUUUCUUAGCUGUUUUUGGCAUCUGUAAUUUGUUGAUAUCGUGUUGUGCAAACUUAAAUCAAAAUGUAGGCAUCCAGACAGAAUUGUUAUUCACCAUUUUCACAAAGGCCAUAAUACACCUUGUUCGUCCUCUCCCCCCCCCCCCCCCCCCCCCCCCAAAAAAGAAAAUUCAUAACAAUUGUCGUCGAUCUCUGUUGGGACGACUGUUAAUACCCAGGAGAAAUUGGAAAAAAUGGUUAUGCAAAGUUUUUUGGGGGACAGAGGGUUGGGGGUAAACAGGAUGCAUUAUCGUCUAUGUAACGUAACUGAGCCUGAGGUGAAUAAUUGUUUUAGUAUAUUCACACGAAGUGAUCUCAACAGAAUCAGAAAGGAAACCAUUAAAAAACGAUUAGUUUGAUUGAUGGGUGAAUUCAUGCGUGAACACGAAGCCGUAAACAGUGGAUGCGCGAAAGGUAGAUCUUUACAGUAUCUUCAAAAAUAGCAAAUGAUACUUUUAAUCUUUUUGUAUCAAGUUUUGUAAGCUUUAGCAUCAACGGUUUAAAAGAAAACGCCGAAAAUUUAAAUUACUACCCAAUUCUGAUAAGAAAAGUAGAGCUUUUUUUGUUUCUGUCAACUCACCGUGAAUAAGAAAGUUUUCUUUGUCGCUUCUUGUAAAAGCUGUCAACAGCGGCUACGAUCAAGGUGAGCGUCGUUUAUCUCCAAUGUUCUUUGCCUUGUUAACUUGCUGGCACGCACAAUUGUUGAAAAUAUUUGCCUUCCUCUUUUCUCCAUAAAUUAACUUCUAUUUAUAGGCAAAAUUGGUCUUGCGAGAAAAUCCCGAAAUCAUAAAACAGUGACAAAGCGACCUCGUUUUCCUCUGUAGUGGUAAACAUAGCUUCGAGCGUACAAAAAGUCAGCUACAGUGAUCCACUUCACAAUAAAUCACGCUGUUUAAACACCAUGAAGUCUAUUCUUGCCUUCAAAGUCAUCAGCACUUGGAUAUUCGUGUAUUUUCGAAAAGGCUCUACUAUAAAACUUUGGCAAAACACCCAGUUCACGACAGCGAUUUUGUUCUGCUUUAUAUUCACCGCCUAGCGCGGUGAAUAUAACGUCAUAGUCCGAGAUAGCCAACCAAUCAGAUUGCUUGAACUACCAAGAUCACUGAGUGGUAAAUAGUUAAUUCUUAAAUGUGCGUUUUGUUUCCCUUACAGGAAGUGUAUACUCCAUCACCUGAUACUGCACAAACUCACCCAGGGCGUUCAAUCGUGAAAGUUGCUCUUCUGGCCAAUGAAUGGGGUUCAUCUAAGGGUGGCUUGUCAACAAUAAACAGAACACUUGCCAUAUAUUUGGCAAAACACGCAAAAGUAGAAGUUACAAUUCUUGUACCUGAAUUUGAGUGUGACGAAAAAGACAAGAGAACUGCCAGAAGUUACAACAUUGCCAUUAAGGAAGUACAGCGUCGCCCUGCCGUCAGUGAUCCUCUUGACUGGUUGAGCUUUCCACCAAAAGAUCUUGACAUUCAAGUUGUGAUUGGUCAUGGUGCAAAGCUCGGUAGACAAGCGCAAUUUAUCCGAGAGUCUCAUUGUUGCAAGUGGAUGCAGGUUUUGCACACUGAACCUGAAGAGCUGGCAAUGUAUAAGAACUAUGCUAACGCCAUUGCCAAAGGGGAAGGAAAGAACAGAGCUGAAGUUGAAUUGUGCCAAAUUGCAGAUCUCGUUGUGGCAGUUGGACCCAAGCUGAAGGAAGCUUUCGCAUCCAAACUUUGUUCAUCUCAUCGAGAUGUCUUUCAGUUGAUACCAGGUUUCUUUGUAGAGUUUUCAGAGACUCAACAUGCUAAACAAGAUAGAGCGACUUUUAAAGUGUUAACCUUUGGCCGCGGUGAUUUUGAAGACUUCAGUCUCAAAGGAUAUGACGUUGCUGCUAAAGCCAUUGUUGAGCUGCAGGAUAGUUCUUACCGUCUUCUGUUUGUUGGUGCUCCUGAUGGAAAGCAGGAUGAAGUCGCCGAAAUCGUAUUGCAAACUGGCAUUUCAAAGAACCAGCUGAUUGUCAGAUCAUUUGUACAAAACAAGGAAAGACUGAAAGAGUUGUUUUGCGAAGUAGAUGUGGCCAUUAUGCCUUCAAGAACUGAAGGGUUUGGGUUGACAGCACUGGAAGCGAUGUCAGCUGGUCUUCCCAUUCUGGUUAGUGGAAACUCCGGAUUCGGAGAAACACUGCGUGGUCUUACUGAGGGCAAGUCGGUUGUGAUCGAUUCUGAUGACCCCAAGGAAUGGGCAAAGGCAAUUGGUGCUAUCCGUCAAAAACCUAGGAUACAACGGCUUGAGGAAAUCCGAAGAGUGCGAGAAGUUUAUGAAGAGAAGUUCAGUUGGAAACUACAGUGCCAGCUGCUUGUUGAAAAGAUGUGGAAGAUGGUUUAUGGUAAGUAAUCAAACUUAUCUUAAAUUAACUAAUAAAUUUUAAUUAAUAAUUAAACUGUGUAGUGUUCAAAUUCAUACUGUUAUGUUUGGACUGACUGGCCGGCACCAAAUUGCAACACACCAGCUCACUUGAAAUGCCAUCUCAAGGUACAUGGUGGUCGGCUGCUAGGUCAGUCACUUAUUUGACGUUCUACGGCGUUACCACUGUUAUAUUACUCCUGUGUGGGUGUACGACUUGAGAGGUCUCCUGCUGUUACAUAAAAAAGAGACAAGAAAUAUCUCGAUUCACCUUAGGCAACCGAUAGCAAGACAAAGUCACUACUGAGCAACUUACAGUUACACUUUCAUCAAGGCAUCAUCAAACUGAAGUGGUCUAAUAUACAAAUACUUAUUGUUCUGUGGAUUUUGCUUAUGAGAACAUUAAAAUAUAAAGAUUGCAUUAUACAUCUAUUCAUAACUCGGGAAAACUCAUUUGUUACCAAAACAGUUGGUAUUAAAUCCACGUCAAGACUUCGUGUUGCCUCGUCUAUGUAGUGCCGUGAACAUUGGCAUGCUGUUAACUUAAAGCGCGUUUCCUUUUCCUAUUGCACCACACAUUUGGUAGAAUAGGUUCGUGUUAGUGAAAUUAACUUCGGCUGUAAAAAUCCGUUGGUUAAACAAGUAAAAAGUGUCCGUUAUUAUCGAAUUAAAUUAAGAGACACUGUCAGGGGUUUCCCUAGGGACAAAGGAUACCGCCCAUAAUAAUGAGGUGUCUGUAAAGUGGGUUUCGACUGUAAUUCGCUACCUGUUUGAACAGUACAUGCGUUACUCCAAUGUCAAGUUUAUUUUUAUGGAAGAGUGACUUCAUUUUUACUGUCUAUUUUUGUAGAAGAGUGACAUCAUUUUUACCCUGAUUUUUACUUUACACCAAAGUAAUUGAAAGGAAAUGAUCCUUCCAUGAUAUUGUUGUUGGAUCGGAAACGUGAUAAGGUGGCUUGAAACCUGAGUGACAGCCUCUGGUAUUUGUAAGCACCACACCUCUUCACAGCGAAUAUUUUUGUACUUUUGCUAUUUUCAGGUGACUUGACAUUCCAUGCACUUCAGCAAAUCCAGUUAGACGCACGUAGAGAGACCAGCAAGUCUGAACUGUCGCAGAACUUAAAGAGGACUGCUCAAGAGAAAGGCUUUGUGAUUUCUGACAAUCAAGGAGAGGGCAACUGCAUGUUUUUUGCUCUUUCAGAGCAGCUUGCUGUCGUAAAAGCAAUGAGGAUGUCUCAUGAAGAGAUACGGCAAACUGUGGUCCAUUACCUUAUGGACCACCCUACGCUGGUAAGUUAAAUCGUAGCACUAACUUAGCUUUCUUAACGGUAUUUCACAACUUACAUGAACACGAUGAGAUUGUGAGCCGAUGUUGUGACUAUUUUAACUGCCCCCUCCCCCUUACAACAUCAAUAUGAGAUACUGUGAUCAAACUGAAGUGUUUAAGUUUUGUCACAACAUCGUCAGCAACACUUCUUUUGAUCUGGAGAAGUAUACGCUUUUUGAACAACUCUCACAGCAAAUAUUGUACUCGUGCAUCCUUAGUGAGAAUUUUUUGUUUGUUUGAUCCGCAUAGCUAAUUGAGAGAAUUUUGUGGCUUUUAGAACGAUACUAAUGUGUAUGACGCAAGAGUAGCACAAAAACAAUUUGACCCCAGACAGGAUUCGAACACAAUAUUGAAUGAUUUCUUAUGCAUCCUGUUUUAUGAGAAUGGAAAAUGAAUCUUCUCUCAGCCUCACCAAUUUUCCACCAAUUUGGACAGUUAUUUGUAAAAAUAAGCAUUUGAAGGUUCCUGUUUAGAAUUGGUCUUGCUGUUCAUCUGAGUACAGCAGGAUUCCAUUCCAGAUUGGGCUUCCGUGCUCUAUGACCUCCAGUAUAGGUCAUAGACUAUGUUACAAAAUGGUGACAAAUUAAGUAAUUUCUUGUCUUCAUGAUAUUUACCCCUCAAUGCCUCGUUUCAAGGUACAAUUUGGAGAAAAUAGAGCGAAUUAACAUAACCAAAAAACCAGUUAUAUUGCCUGCAUUUUGGAAUAAUAUGUAUAAUUUGGUGAAGAACACAAAAUAUUCCUCCCGGAAACAAAAUAGAAAUAGACUCAGAGUCGACGUUUUACUGACAUCAUGUUCCCUGGGACGAAAUCGUGGAAAACAUCGAGACUCGAGGGAGAUCAAAACUAAGACCUCGUUUACACGGGUCGGAACGAAUUCUGCUACAGGUUGCAGUACUUUUUGCACGAGUCCAUAGAGAUUUUUGCACAGUUUCAGCAUUGGAAUGGCUUUUUUGAAUCUUCUCAGCGUUGCAAGGAACCAAUCAUGUUACACUGAGUCCAGAUUGCGAUAUUAGUGAACUUACGCAACAGGGCGGAAGAGGAAAGACGACGGCAAACUAUGUGUGACAAGCGUGACAAUAAUUUUGCUUUUGCUUUGCUUCCGCCAAACUUCACAUUCCUUUGAACAGAUCUUUUUGUGGAAGAGCAAGAAACAUUAAUGUUAAGCGAAUUCCCAACAAAACACGCAAAUAAUAGCCCCGUCACGUUUGUCACACUUAGGCGUUUUGUCGUUCUCUUCUUUCUGCCGUCCUGUUGCGUAAACUCGUAAUCGUAAUCUUAAAUCGUAAACUCGUUGUCGUAUUCUUCACUAAAGAUCAAUGUUUUUAGGUCUUUCACAAAAAGAUCUGUUUAAAGGAAGAUGAAGUUUGAGGCAAUUUUUUUUCAAACAAAAUUAUGGUCACGCAUGUCACACAAGGUUUGCCGUCUUCCUUGCUCUCCCGUCCUGUUGCGUAAGUUCACUAAUACUAAAAUGGCUGCAGCAGUAAAAAAAUUACCUUUUACAGGCGAAGAGUUGUUACUCCACGUCCUUGUGGGCUUUAAAACAGAAAAGGAAGGCGAAGGCUUUGACUAGGAGACUGUAAAAGCAAAGUGGGAUGAGCUCAACAAAACGUUUAUCGAAAAAUAUCACAAAAACUUUCAGGAAAAUUUUCGGCGAGGAGUCUGCAAACAACAGGAACAACAACAUUUCUGACUUAUAUUGAGCUCUUUCUGUAAUCAAAGGCGCAAAUCGGCAGAUCGACUUACGUCACUUACCAAAGGCGCAUAACUAGGUUCCAGGUUUUUACCCCGCAAACUGUGCAAAAACUUUGCACGGUUAACAAGAGCCCGCGUAAAAGUGGAACCGUUCGGUCAUCAAUUUUGACUUUCUUCUGAUCAGGUCAAAAACUUGCACACGUUGCCGUUCAAAAACUUUCACGGUUCCUCGGUUCCCGUGUAAACAAAAGACGAUCCGUGUAAAGUUUUGUUUUUUCAAAAAUUAGUCCAGCCCCGUCAGUAAACGGAGCCUAACUGUUGAGGCACCUGAAAAAAAAUGUGCUUUGUUUUAGUGACAAGAACAUAAGGAAACAAGCAACUACUUUGACACAUUUAUCCAGCGUGGUAAAUGAAUUGCAUGAUACUACUAUACAUGCGACUUUAGAGUGUGUGUUGUAAUUCUUUCCCCAAUAAACGUCACAUUUUUAAUGGCACUACAUAAAGAAGCAAAGAGUUAAUAACUACACUUUAUUUUUUGUCUUGCAGCCAGAUGGGACAGAGCUUUUCCAAUUUGUUGAUGGAUAUUCAUCUUGGGAAGCUUACCUUACAAGCAUGAUGACAAAUGGUACAUGGGGUGAUCACGUGAUACUCCAUGGUGCGGCAAACUGCUUUGAAACAUGCAUUCACGUAAUCAGCAGUCUGUCGCAUCAUAAUGACGUAAUGAUUUGCCCAGAGUAUGAUGAUACUGGUAACAACCGGCUUGUGCUGGGUCACGUGCAUGAGCUUCAUUAUGUUAGCCUUCGUCCGGUUUGA